CCAAGUUCCUGAUCCUGAAUAAACUGCAGGUGCUAUAUCAUCUAUUUUGUUUCUUGGAACGGAAAUCCCUCUCCUCUCCUCUCCUCUCCUCUCCCUCUUCCCCUCCUCUCUCCUCUCUUCUUUCCUACACCUCGAUUAUCUGCCCGCCCUCCCCUGUCGCAAUCCAUACACCCGCCGUCUGAAUAUCCCAGAAUUCCUUGCUCGAGACUUCCUCGGGACAUGCAUGGCUAAUCCAAUGCCACGAUGUCUGUCAUCUCAUGCCUCCUUCCACUAGGUCCCCGAACUCGCCCGAUCUGCGGCCUCUCUCGCAGCGAUUGGAUACGUGCAAGUCCCCCCAUUACCACCCUUCCAUGUCGAAUCCCGACUCGUUCUCCUACAAUGCCUCCGUUAGACGGCUUACUUGCAGACGUCCGCGCCCCAAUGCAGCGUCUAUAGCCGACGUGUUCGUCGGUUCCUUGGUGAUGGCCGGUUACUGCCGCGAGCACUCGCCUCGUAGCAGAACAUUCUCGACAGUGCCUUCCAACUCGACCGGAGGUAAAGUGGUCAGCUGGCAGGACCGGCGUUCGAGACAGACCAAGAGAAUGCCCUCGACGCGCCAUCUUGAUCGUUUGGGCUCAUCUGCCGAAUGUUUGCCUCGCCCAAGAACACAACGGAUGUUCAACUCGGGCGUCGCAUUGAGGAUGAAGGAAGACAACGAAGAGGGCUAUGCUUGGGUGAAUGGCCCAUUGGAGAGCUCUGGCUCGCGAACACUCAGACCAACUUUUACCGGGUACCGGAACUUUGCUGCGCACGGGGAGUUCAGUGGAGUGUCACGGGAAGAACACGAAAUCAAGUCUGCCGCAGACAAAACAUCAGAAGAGAACUUGGCAGAACAGCCUGCGCACAGCGACUUAAUUGAGAAUAAAACUUUGGGCCAGUUACGGGACCAAAAAAGAGAGCCAAAAAAGUAUGGCUACCGAGGGAAGACCUCACCUGCAAAGGCAUUAUAUAACUCUGUCUCACGGUUCUAUAAAACAUUGUUCGACGAAUCACUCGAUUGGGAGCAAGCAGCAGAAAUGGCCAUGCGAGAUCGAACUAUGGUGAACUCGUCCCCCGUGCGACCUUUGCCGACCAAUGCAGCUACCUCGCGCGAUGCCGUGGAGUACGAUACUGUGACGAGACUGCGGGAUGCUUUGUGGGAUGAGGGAAAAUCAAACCAAUAUGUCUUUAGACUCUACAGAGAUCUCCCUUCACCGGGAGUCGCCUACCUCUCGAAAGCUUGCCGAGGUGCUCUGCUACGCCGAUUCGCAACCCCUGAGAACCGUCGCUGGGUCGAAGCGCGACGAUUCAUUGCGCUGCUGGAUGACAUGGUUGAUGCCAAGCUCUCCGUGUCUCGCGCUUUAUGGACGUCCGCUAUACAUCUUGCAGGUCGGGCAUCAGGCCGAGUAUUUAAGCGAGACCUAGCAAGGUCUAUCGGUCUUUGGCAGAAAAUGGAGCACUGGGGUGGAGUCAAAGCAGACGGUGUUGUAUUUACCAUCCUCUUUGACAUAGCCAUCAAAGCCAGUCAGUUCACCGUCGCUGAUCAAUUAAUCGCGGAAAUGGAAGAGCGAGGUCUCCAAUUCGGACGCACCGGCAAAGUGUCCAAUAUUUAUCGUUAUGGCCAACAACAAAAUGUCAAUGGCAUCCGGCAAGCGUUCAAUGACUUCAUAUCAAGCGGCGAGAUUGUGGAUACUGCCGUCUUGAACUGUCUAAUGGCCUCGUUUAUCAGUGCAGGGGAUGUGGAAGCUGCCGAGGCCAUCUAUGCGCAGAUGCUGAAGAACCAGGCUGCGGCCCCCAAUACCCGCGCGAUUCGUGGCAAUUUGACCACCAGCUUCGUACGCUACCGGACAAGAUCUAGAAAACUGAAUCGCCUCCUAGAGGUCUCUGCGCCUCUCAAAGAUCAUCUGCCGGAUCACUAUCGCACUCUCCAGGAAGCGUUCGCUCUCACUCCAGACACGCGGACAUUCCGCAUUCUUCUGUCCUUGUACGCCCAUAAGAUAGGCGACAUCGAAGCCUUGAUGUCUAUCAUCUCAGACAUGGAGAAGCUUUUCCCGGUGCCACCGCGCGGGUUAAUCUACAUAUUUCUUUUCGAGGGAUUUGCCCUUCACGGGCGGCGACGAGAGGGCUGGACUGCAGACAAGUUGCGAGUUGCAUGGAGGACGUACUUGCGAGCUCUGUACGAAUCCAAAGCGCGAGUCGAACAAGAAUACAAUCCUCGACUAGGAAAGAAACCCCCCACAUGGGAGAAUCCUUUGCAUGGAUCGUACGUUCCACUCGCACAGCCCUUGGUCCGACACGCGUCAACUGGUUUGUACACCCGGCUACCACUGCAAGAAACGCCCAACGAUGCGCAAGGGCCCGCCACUCAAGAGGGCAUACACGUGGAGACCGGGGGUGUUGUCGCACCUGGCGAGGUAUCCAGCAAGCGAACACGCGACGAGCCCCUCGAUACCGAUGCGUCGGACGAGCAGCUCGAGCGUCAUAUCGAGAACGGGGUAUUCCUUGGUCGUCGCAUGAUCGUGGUCAUCCUCCGCGCGUUCGGGCGUUGCUGUGGACCCCAGGAGGUUAUGGAAGCAUGGCUUCAUAUGGAACGCCUCUGGCAACCCGGGAAGCGCAGGGCGCAGGACGUCAUAGCUAUUAAGGAGGAACUGGAGAAGCAGAUGAAGAGGGUCCGGUGGAAUCAUAGCGUUCCGUGAUCAUCUUUCGGUGUGGCCAAUUUGGGUGCGUGUAAAUUAUAUAGACCUGAUAUAGAUAGAUAUACCCUCAGGCGGAGACUGAUGGCGAACAUAGCGAUGGAUUUCAACAUUGUGUGUUCCUGUUCUGUACAGCAUUUCUACGAAU